AUGGCGGUAAAAGCUAGGCUUAUAGCAUUGCUUGGUAAAGCAGUUUUGCUUUUCUCGGUUUACUCUGUUGCUUCAAGUCAUUCAGGUAAGUAUUAACUCUAUUUGACCUGUAUGUGUUGCUAUCCGCACAUAGAACAAGUCCAUUAUUCCUUUACGUAAUUGUCUUAUGUUUGUGUGCAUCUCAGGAGGAGUUAUAUUUUCGAAAUCAGCAGAACAAGCUAAAACUUCUUACGCGUUUCUGAUGGGAAACCGCCUUUUUGACUCAGCUCAAACUGAUAAAGGUCUGGGAAAUAAAAGCCAUGAAAAAAAGAAUAGCAGAUGUACAACUCUAUGAGAUCUAGAGUUACAGAUGAUAUUCAAGCAAGCAGUAUUAUAAUUGAAUGGAGUAGAGUUGAUCAUGCAAAACGAGCUUAUGCAAAAAUUGGGAGCAAAAAGAAAAAUACCGCAAAUGUGAAUUACAUCCAAUAUAAUCAGAAGUGAUUAAAAGUUUGAAAAUCGCAAGGAAAUCUGUAAAAAUCCGAAAAAAGCAUCCGUUAAUGCUUCUUGAAUAUAUAGCGACAAAGAUGAUCUCAGAAUCCUAGGCUCGAUAGUUAACUUCUUUAUUGUGUCUGUGCGUGUUAACUCACGUGUGACUGUCUUGAUCUGAAGUAAACAAUUUUCAAAAAGCAAGAUUACCUCGGAUCCACUUUAGUUAUGAUAUUUAUAUUAUAGCAUGUAAUAUCAGAAUAUAAUCUAAAUAACAGCACAACUCUGGCCGCAAAAUCGUAAGCGGAAUAAAAUUUCAACCUCCAAGACCUCUUCACAGACAUCUUAAAUCCCAGCUAUGCUCCACUCCAAGAUAUAUUUAGCAGUUAGAAAUCUCGUGACCUACUUCAUUGUUAAACCAAAGUGUCAUGAAUGGAGCUUUAGGAAUAAGGCUUAGUCGGGUAACUUAUGUACCUAAAAACAACAGGUUCUCCAGAUUAUUAUCAUGAUCAUAUUGUACCUUCGUUAGGGAGUUUUCUCUGAGCUGACAGCGAGAACUAACAAACGUACCACAGUGCAAUAUAUAUAUUUUUUUCUUUUUUUGCAGACAGGAUUUUUCUGAGAAAAUGGUAUUUUUCUUAACUCACCCGCUUCUCCUAAAUCGUCAACCAUACGGUGAUAUUUGUAUUCAGCGAACACCCAAAUGAAUCUUAAUGGUACCUGCUUAAUUAGUGACUUUCGCUUUAAUCCGUGCCGAGCCUGCGUCUGUCUCAUGAAGGUGACCCCUAGAAACACCAAACACUGAUAUGAACCCUUUUAAUCUUCUCUUUAUAUUUUAGAAUCUUUGUGCCCUGAAGGAAAGUUCGCAAAUAUUGCGCGGAUCUGUGUACCAGAAUGUGCUACGGGAUACUAUGGUGAUACACUUACGGGAACCUGCCAAAAAUGCUCCUCAAAUUGUAGAACUUGUUUGAAUGGUGAUAGAAACGACAGAUGUUCCAGUUGCAAUCCUUCUUGGUAUCUGAAAAGUAUGCAUACUAUUCAUACAUAAUAUAUGUAUGUACAUAUAUAUAACGCUCGAUUGAAUAGAUGUGGGAAUUUUGUCAUGUUUCGGCAGCCUCAUCGUAUCAGAAUUUUCCCUCGUUUGACGACCGACAAGUGGAUGAGAGAGCGCACCUUCUUAACCGCGGUCAAGCUUCACCUUAACUUUCUGAAUUAUUUGAUACAUCAAUUGAUUGACAGGGUGAUUUUGAAUAAGUGACUGACCAACUUUUUAAAGGUAUAACUAGUUAGCUGACCGACUAACUGAUUAACUGAUAGGCAAGUUGACUGAUUGGCUGACUAGUUAACUUGCUGACCGACUGGCUGGCUGACUGACUGACAGACUGGCUCCCUGACUGACAGGCUGGCUCCCUGACUGACUGACUGACUGACAGGCCGGCUGACUGACUGACUGACACUCUGGCUGACUGACUGGCUGACUGGCUGGCUGACUGACUGACUGACUGACUGACUGACUGACUGACCGGCUGGCUGGCUGACUGACUGACAUGCUGGCUAGCUGACUAACUGACUGGCUGACUGACAGCAUAGCUGGCUCACUGAUUGACUGACUGGCUGACGUAGAGGCUAGCCGAUUGAUUGGCUGACUGACUGACUGACUAAAGGAUGACUAGGUGACAGACUGCAUAACUCACCACCCAACUAACAUAAUAUUUAAGCGAUUUCUUAACCGAUUUCCCAACGUACCGGCCGACAGCGGUUGCGAGAACAAUUGCAUGCUGCUCUUCAUUUUAUAUUCAAACGUUAAUCUUUAUGCUUAAUUCUAUUUAUAGAAGCAACAUGUGUCCAGACUUGUGAUAAUUAUCUUACCAAGGGUCCUCCUGAGACAGAGAUUAGACUCGUUGGUGGAAGUAGUCAUCUUGAAGGCCGCGUUGAAAUUAAUCACCGUGGGAUCUGGGGCACCAUUUGUGAUGACUUGUGGGAUAUAAGUGACGCGGAUGUUGUUUGCCGUGAACUGUUGCUAGGAAAGGCCCAAGAGGCUGUAUCUUUUGGAAGACUGGGUAGAGGACAAGAUUCACAGCCGAUUUGGCUCUCAAAGGUUUGGUUGAUUAUUUUUGUUUAAUUUGAGUGGCUAUAUUUUCUUCAGCAGCAAGUACAGUAGUCAAUAUUUGUGUACAGUAAUUAUCUCUGUAUUACUUUGACACCUGUUAGUCUCACCAGGUGUAAAGGGAGACAGGGGGGGGGGGAAGUGUGGAAAUCUAUUCCUAUCCUCAUACCCUGAGAGUAUCCUAUAUUUGAUCUCUGAAAGGUUCAGUGUAGUGGAGAUGAGACACGCUUGGAGCGAUGCCAACACCAUGGGUGGGGCAAUCACUCAUGCAGCCAUUUUGAAGAUGCUGGUGUCCGAUGCAAAGGACCUGAUACAUCCAGAGAAUGCGUCAGCUCCUGUGGAGAUGGAUAUUACCGCAAGAAAGGAAAGAAACAGUGUGGUGUAUGCUCUACGAGCUGUCUUACCUGUGAAGGCUCCUCUACAGUCUGUACCAGUUGUGACGCUUUCCGAUUUCGUAAAGGUACAGUUUAGGAGAGGGUGUUAGUGGUGCAGUUAAUUCGCCUGCUGGUUGAUUGAGGACAUCAGUGGGCGGCACUUCUCAGAACCCACCGAAUAUGACAAGGACACAAGAGAAUGAGGCUUUUAGAGAAAGAAAGCUACUUAUUCAGGGGAGGAGAUAGUAGGAUUGGAGGGCGGAAUUGAUCUUAGUAAAUGCUAUGGAUAGAUUUUUACUUUGCUUUAUUUUUUCUACCUUAAAUCUCCAAGCCAAAAUUUGGAACAAUUAUUCUGCAGAAAACGUGAAACUAAAGCUUAUAAUGAGUGGACCUGGUACCUAUCGAUUCCAAAUAUCUUUCAUUUAAACAGGUAAAAGCUGCGUUACAUCAUGUGGACAGGGUUUCUAUGGUGAUACCUCUGAUCGACAAUGCAAACCAUGUGAUCCAGGAUGUCGCACAUGCGCAGACGGAACCUCGUCCACCGCUUGUACAACUUGCCCAGAUGAUCGAUACUUAAAAGGAGACGAGUGUGUCGUGAGCUGCGCACCUUCGCUUGUCGGUCAAAGACGACGCAUGCGCCUAGCAGGGAAAAAUUCCACCGAGCUGGAAGGUCGUUUGGAAAUUUUUGUAAACGGCGCCUGGAGCACGGUUUGUGACAAGACCUUUAAUUUUCCUGAGGCAAGUGUCGUAUGUCGGCAGCUUAGGCUUGGAUCCGCCGUAAAAGCUGUCAAGAAGACUGUGUACGGACUUGGAAGCGGUCCAAUAUGGUCCAGAGACGUAAAAUGCACUGGAAGAGAACUAAGUCUGUUCGAGUGCAAAACUACGCCUCGCGCACGUUCGGGUUGUUACCAUAGCAGCGACGUAGGAGUUGUUUGUUCUGGACCAGUGCGUGACGAGCCACCGAUUAACCAGUGCUUGAAGCGAUGCAACCCUGGCUGGUACAAGAAUGACUUUGAUGUCUGUAGUUUGUGUGCAUCACAGUGUGCUGAAUGUUCAGGCAAUAGCUUCCGCUGUACUAAAUGUAAGGAACCUAAAUUCUUAAAAGACAAUACGUGCGUUGAUAAAUGCAACGAUGGAGAAUAUGGACACAUUCCUUCGCGAGAAUGCCGAAAGUGUAACACAGAAAAAUGUGUGACGUGCGCAGAUGGAAACGAUGAAAAUGACUGUAAGUCAUGUACAUCUCCAAAAGCGCUGAAGAAUGGCACCUGUGCGGAGAGUUGUGGGCCUGACAUGUAUCAUAAGAGUGGAGUCUGUGUCAGUAAAUGUGGUGAUUUAUUUUAUGAGUUUGCUGGAAAUUAUUCUUGUCUCCCCUGUCCACCUGAAUGUUUGCAAUGCGUAUUCAACAGUGUGAAGGGUCUACCUCAUUGUACAAUAUGUGCUCCACCCCUUGUGUUCGACAACAACGUUUGUCAUAUCAACUGUUCUGGCUCAAAGGUGGCCGUACCAAUCAGAGCUCUGAAUGAUUCAUAUCCGAAUUCAGCGCUGAUUCGACUGAGUAACGGUUCCGACUAUCUUGAGGGUGUGCUGGAGAUAUUUCACGAUGGAGUUUGGGGAACCGUGUGUGAUGAUGGAUGGGACGCGAAAGAGACCUCAGUAGUAUGUAGAGAGCUUGGCCUCGGCAAGGCUGACGCAACGGCAUCCCUUGGCCACAUCCUAAAACAGCCUAGGGAGGCGCAGGGCAAACUUUGGUUAGAUGAUGUUUUCUGCACAGGAAACGAGAAAACCUUGCACGAAUGUCGACAUAGUCCUUGGGGGAAAACGAAUUGCAGGCACGACGAAGAUGCGGUUCUCCGUUGCACAGGGCCAGGAAUACGCAAAUGUCAACAGAAGUGUCCUGCCAAAUUUUACGAAAAGGGAAAAGUUUGCUUCCCAUGCAAUAUCAACUGCAACUCUUGCGAAGGUGGUCCUAAUAAGUGUAAAACCUGCCUGACCGGUUAUUUCAAGAAGAAUGAAACAUGUGUCGCUGAUUGUGGUCGAGGCUUCUAUCCUGCUGGUAUUACAUGUUUGAAGUGUAAUAAGUCGUGCAGUAGCUGUGAGGGGACACGUAGUAACUGUACAUCGUGUCCCAAGUCUAGAUACAAGAAAGACUCAAAAUGUGUGACUGACUGUGAGCCGGGGUUCAAGCCAUCCUCCAUACCAUUUGUGCGUCUAGUUGGACCGACACCGUUUGAAGGACGCGUUGAGGUAUCAGUCUUAUUCACAUUUCAAGAGCUGCUGGUAAUGUAAGUUUCACUGCUGAUUGAUUUCUUUGCUUACAGAUUUACCACGGAGGCAGGUAUGGCAGCGUUUGUGAUGACUUCUGGGAUAUAAAAGAUGCUAACGUUGUGUGUAGAAUGUUAGGGAUGGGAAAUGCUACAGCUGCUGUAAAACGUGCAAAGUACGGAUCAUUAGAAGACGGGCCAGUUUGGAUGGACGAUGUUAAUUGCACUGGUAAGAAUUGAUUAUCUUGCUGUCACAAUUGUAGACAUUAUGAAUAAACGAGAGAGUUAGCCACAUGCAGCAGUUUUAGCACGCAUGUCUUCGGUUAAAUAUCUUUGUUGCUUAAAAAAUGUUUUUGUACCAUGAAACCAGAUUACAUUAAAAGGUAUCUUGUUCCGGUUUUAGGGAACGAACUUUCUUUGAUUGAAUGUGGGUUCAAUGGAUGGGGCAUUGAAGAUUGUACUCACUCUGAAGAUGCAGGAGUUAUUUGUCAGCGUCCCGGUAACAAUCAAGACUGUUUUUCAAGCUGUAAUCUCAGUAACGGAUACUUUUUGGACGGAAACAAUGGGUGUGGUAAAUGUAGCAGUGAAUGCAAAACAUGCUCGGGUACUCCCGAAAAUUGCACCACAUGUCCACAAAAUACCUUCCUCAAUAAGACGGGCAACAUGACGUUCAACUGUGCCUCUUCAUGCGUAGAGCGUUACUUUGCAGAUCCUCUCACUCAACACUGCAUGCCAUGUGGCAUAAAUUGUCAAGACUGUGAAGGUCGUAAAGAUAACUGUACUGCCUGUGCAGGGAAAUUUCUUAAAAACUCAGAAUGUGUUGAUCAAUGUUCAGAGAGCGAGUUGACUGUGAAAGGUGUCUCUGGUAUUCGUUUAGCCGGUGCAAACUCAACAGUGGAAGGAAGAGUGGAGGUACUUCAUGACGGAAUAUGGGGAACCAUCUGUGACGAUUCGUUCGAUAUGAUGGACGCUAAAGUGAUUUGCAGGCAGCUAAAACUUGGAAAAGCAGUCGAAGCUCUUGGGAGGGCGAAGUAUGGAAUGGGAACCGGGCAGAUUUGGAUUGAUGAUUUACGAUGUGUUGGAACGGAGAGAAAUAUCCGGCAUUGUAAGAUGAAAGCUGGUAAGUGCACAUGUAUCUUAGAGAGGCACAUUCCAAAUUUUGUUAGAAUAAGGACAUUCACCUUUCAUUUUAGUAACUGAUAUAAGUACGCUUCCCUUUUCAGAGACUAACAGGGUUAUGAUUUCCGAUUGGGUGGAUUCCUCUGGAAAAGAACGAGUCAAACUAAAAAAAACAGUAGUCAGUUUCAUGCAAAAAAUGGCUUAUUAAAAUGAAAUAACGGUCUUAGUCUCCCUGCAGCUCUGUUCAUAGAUAGCCUGGCCGUAUUUUAGGCGGAACUCUCGUUGAACACUCAUUGGUUUCGCCAGCAUUUAACUAAAGAAGAUUCAAGUAUACCUUAUUUUGUAAUUGUAGUCGUCUCUACGUUGUUGUUUUUCAGGGGGAAUUGGAAGUCAUAACUGCAGACAUACUGAGGACGCAGGAGUCAAGUGCUCAGGUCCAGACAUGUCCCAGAAAUGUGUGAAAUCAUGUGGUUCUGGUUUCUUCAAAGGAGAGAAAAAGAAAUGCGAGCGAUGCGCCAUGAAAUGUAAAAAUUGUUAUGGAUCAGCCUCAUCUUGUACUAGCUGUGAUUCUCCGUACUUCUACGCUUCCUCAGAUUGUGUCAGAAAAUGUCCGCCUGGUUUGUAUGGUGACACUAAAGAGCGUUUGUGUAAGCCCUGUGAUAAAGUGUGCCAGACGUGCUCAGAUGGCGAAACUGGAGAUAAAUGUCGGUCUUGUCCAAACGGAUUGUUCCUCAGUGAGUGCUAAACUACUUGUUAAUUCACAAAACUGUAACUUGGUAACCUACCAAAGAUAUGUGACUUAACAAACUUGUUACGGUAUGGCUCCUUUUUGGUAAAGAUGGACAAAUUGAAGUCUUUUAUAAAGCUGACACAGCGUAUUGUAUUUUUGAUUGUCAAUCAUUUCGACGGGCACGAUAAAAUCUUAUUCAGUCAUAGAAUUUACGAGGUUAAGACAGCCCCUGCAUUGAACAGUCUUCCCUUACAACACACUAACGUCAAUCGUUUUGUAUUCUCAGAUGGCAGUGCCUGUGUCAAGGACUGCGGUGACCUCCAUUCCGUGUCAUCAUUAUUCUUGCCAAGGCCACUAGAGCCGGUGGUCAGAUUAGUAAAUAAAGAAGGAAGUAGGGGGCAGGGGCGAGUAGAAGUGCUGUAUGAGGGCGUAUGGGGAACUGUCUGCGAUGAUGGUUGGGACAUAAACGACGCUAGCGUUGUUUGUAAAGAGCUUGGCUUUGGGAAGGCGAAAGAAGCUUCGAAACACUCUAGCUUUGGAAAGGGUAAGUCUGUGUUUCACUUCGAAAAACCUGAUUUAGACUUUGGUAUAAAAACUGCCUUUUUCAUGAUUUCCUCCACAAAGGAAUCGGAAUUAUCUGGAUGGAUAACGUGAACUGUCUCGGUUAUGAGUCCUCACUUACCCACUGUCGUCACGUUGGCUGGGGUGAAGGUAACUGUGAUCCAAACCACGCCGAAGAUGCAGGUGUGAUCUGUGAUAACACGACUGUAGAAGAGCUCAGCAAUAACUUUUGUAGGAAGGUCAACGAUGGUUCAUGUGCUGAUCUUCAGGUACUUAACUUUAACCACUGAAGACAUAACUUCUAACGGAGCUCACUCAUUCCGUUUACAACGACAAGAUCUCUUCUUACAUUAAAAGCAAACCAUUGAUUGAUGACUGUGAUUUCCUUCUUUUUCCUAUUCUUCAUUGUUAGCUGUGUGACAGUCACGCGGGAGUAACGUGUGUAGACUUGGACCUUUACAACCAAAAAGGAGAGGAAGAGUCCGUGUGUAUGAGAUGUCCAAAUGGUUACACUGGUGACGGACAGAAAUGCAGAGGUAUUCAGUUCGAUCAUCAUCUUCUUAUGUUAGAUGUUAAUGUUUGUCUUGCAUUUGUUCAAAAUGUUAUUUGACGUGAUGAUUAGAUAACGCAGGUGGGAUGGGUGAGGCCAUUGUGGUUUGUGCUCUGGUUUUUUUCGAAGGCACGUCAUGCAACAUUUGAAACUGGUAAACACUGAUUCAGACAAACCUUUUAAAAUCAAUAUCUCUUUUUUUGUCAUAAUUACAUUCUAGUUAUUGCCUCCAAGCCCCCAAUAUUUGACAAGAAGCCAAACAAGUUGGAAAACGUGAAAUUUCAAGAUGCAUUUAGCCUACAGUGUUCCUCUUUGCCUCCAGUGGUAUAUCCGUCCGCGUGGGACUGGAGGAAAGAUGGGAAGCCACUCUCCGUCAAUGACAUAAGAUCCAGGAGGAUUACUUCUAUAUCCGGGACUUUGGUAGUGAGAUCUGCUGCUGCAGAGGAUACUGGAAACUACACAUGCGUGUUAGUGAACAGUGCCGGAUCAAUUGAGAGUGACCCGGUGAUGGUUGUCGUAAAAGGUUUGUUCAAAUUGUCGGCCAUGUUCUUAGAAUCACAAUCAACUGAAACAAAAAUUUAAGCUCAGGUGGGGUUUUGAACAGUAUAGAACCCUGACAGAAAAUUAAGUAAAGGCGUGUAGGUGACGAUAAAAACAUGAGGUAUUAGGAAUACAAUAGAAAAGAGGAGUAAAGAAAAGAAAAACAUAUGUCAUUUUUUCCUUCUAGUCCCUCCCCAGAUCCCUGGCGUCGUAUCAGCCGACGUUGCUAAGGGCGACAGUACAACUCUGGCUUGUUUAGUGUCCAGCUUUCCGCCGUCAAACAUCACAUGGCGAUACAAGGACAAAAUCAUUGGCUCGGACAACAUUAGAUACAACGUCAACGAUAGAAACUUUUCUAUUCAGAUAAAAAACGUAAAAUUUGAGGACGCUGGGGACUACGAGUGCGAAGUUAUGAAUGAGUUAGGAUCAGCAGUGGCUUAUGCAAAACUUGAAGUGGGAUGUAAGUGGUAUGGUGUGUGUUUAGGUUUCAUUGACUGAUUGAUUAAUUGACCUACUGACUAUUUGACUGACUGACCAUUUCCAUGCCAAUUGACUGUCUGUUGAAUUGAUUGAUUGACGCAUCUGAUUGAUGUACUAAUUGAUGAUGGCCACAUUGCUUUAGCCAAUGUCGAUAGAAAUGACAAGUUUUGUCUCUAAUUUUCACCUCUUUUAGUGACACUUCGAUACACCAAGUUCGAACCAGAGGCCAAGAUAAAAAAAAUGGGCCAAGAUGUCACACUACCAUGCGUUGUAAGCGCUAUCCCUACUCCAAAUAUGGCAUGGAAAAAGGAUGGAGAACUGGUAACGAAUGACGAUCGUCAUGUGGUCACUCAAACAGAUUUGACAAUACGUAAACUUACUUCAACGGACAUGGGAAGAUAUUACUGUAUAGCUUGGAAUAAACGAAGUGUAAAGGCCAGGGAUGUUCUCUUGUUUGUAACAGGUAGGGAUUUGAACAAAGUAGCUUGCAGCUUGACACUGCAAAAUGUUCAGCAAAGUAAGCCUUAGACGUGAGCCGGAGACAUUAGGUGGUCAUGGCUCGUCACAUGAUACGCCAAGAGUCGACUGUCAUAUGAUAUGAAGCGACUUGGAAUAUGAUAUAAUGCCCUGAAUGGUACUUGUAGGCUAGCUGGCUAUUCCCUAGUAACCCCCCUGAAAAGGAACUUUCUGGUACCCCUUAAACUGUUGUUUCAAGAGUGGAGACAAAUCGCCAGUAUAUAAAAUUCAAACAAUAAACUUUCCGAGGAUGACCCGAGAGUUUUUUGUUCGUUCUCUGCGGUUUAACGAUUAGUCCAGCUUGUUGUACUUUCCGAAUGAGUGGCAAUAUAUUUUAUCACUCUUAAACAUUGCUAUAAGCCUUAUUUUUAAAGCAAACAUAAAUCUAAUUUGAUUAUCCAACUCAUUAAAAACUGUUCUAGGGCCUCCAAUAAUAGACAUUUUUCCAGUUGAUCAGGAUGUUCUCUCCGGAGCCGAUGUAUCUUUGUACUGUGGAGGAUAUGGUGAUCCUCCUCCGAAGAUUAUUUGGCGAAAAAAUUCCGUGAACGUUGAGACCUCACACAGAAUAAAAAUUGAUCCCGUCCAGGGAUCAGGAGAGCUUCAGAUUAUUUCGGUGACUGUCGAAGAUGCGGGAAAGUAUGAAUGCAUUUAUAGAAAUAGUUUUGGUGAGGCCAGGAGAGAGGCGUCGCUUACGGUGGACGGGCAAACAGGGACAGGUCAGUAGUAAAGUAUGUUUAUAAAGAAAACAUCUCCAUGCUAUUAUAGUUAAGGUGAAUAAAAUGGCAGCCAUAACAACAGCGAUUUUACUAUUCGGUUAGUGUGUGCAUGUGAGGUAUGAGAGAUUUUGGCAAAUUUUAAAAUGAUGUGGAUCAUGGGCGAGAUGUCUGAAAAUGACAUGAAAUGAAAUGAAUUUUUGAGACAGAGGGCCUACUGAGCAAGCGUUUCCUGAGUUUACCACAAGUUGAUGGGUGAAAGCGGAAGUGCGGCUUGAUUAAUGCACCAGCAGCGUGUGGUUACUCUCCUAUUUGGAAAGGCACCAAAACCAUUAACAAUUACGUCGUUAAAGAAAGUGUUGUACGCCAAUUCUUAGUUGUUGGUCGUGAGAACCAGAAACAUUAGAAAUGUUUCAUAGGCUUUUAAGAAGCAGGGAAGUGUAUUCAACAACCUUCUUGUGUUUUAUAUUCUAGAAUCAAAAACGAAGGCAUCGAAAGGUCUCAGCACUGGAGCAGUGGUGGGAAUCAUUGUUCCCCUCGUUCUUGUCAGCCUCCUCGUUGUUGUUGCAGUCAUCUUCAAGUGUCGAAAGACUUCGUAUUACAGAGGAGACAAACUUAUGAUGAGCAAACCAACAUGGCUCUCUGACUUUAAAACGAGAGUAGCAUCAUCUUUUGGCAAGGAACCAAAAACAGAGCCCUUAGAGGAGGAAGACAUUGAUUUAUAAAGGGACUAGGAAACUUUACAUCAAAAACACUGUGAAUUAGAAACUGUUCCUUACAGUAGAGUGAUAGAAUAACAGCUUAUUAUAGGCAUCAAGUAACGUCUUAGGUUUUUAGAGAAUAGAAAUGAGCUUCUGGAGUGAACAGUAUGCCUAACUUUACAUAAAACAAUGAAACACGCUCGCGACAUUUAAGCCAUUUCCGCUUAUUUUAUGUGAAGUGUCUUCUGAUAACUAGGGCUAGCUCAUCACCACACCAAAAGGAAAAACUUAGCAUACUUGAACAGUUUUCAGCUCGUCUGUAGGAUCAAGAGAUUGAUCAAAGUAGGAGUCUUAACAGCACCAGAGUAAAACAUGGGAUUCCCUUUAUUUUAAACGCCGGAGUACAAUCAAGAGUCAAGACAACUUUCAUCGGUUAGGCUUCAAUUGCAUCGCGAGAGACCCAAAUAAAAUGCUUCUAAACACCUUUUUUACUUAAUUGAAAGGGUAAAGGCAAGUUUCUAAAGAGCUUAUGGUUCGAAAUGAAAGGGAAGGGAGAGAUAAGGUAAAAAUGUACACAAUAAGGUGAGGUGAGGUGCAAGGCAAAAGGAAAUACGAUCAGAGAGAAAAGAUGCAAAAUGCGGGGCUUAACUUUUCGACUCCAGAUUAAUAAUCAGUGCCAUGUUACUGCUAAUGUUAAGUUUAACCACCGGAAAGGAAAUUGGUCAGCAACCCUGCUGUAGACAGUAUCCAAUGGGCGGGAAAGAACUACUGACGACGUUCACUGAUACGUGUUUGAUGCUGGAAGCCCGGAACAGCCGAGCAUAUAGUGACUGUUUCAGAUAAGCCAUGUAUACUACACUCAUACGUGACCAUACUCAAACAUAUUCAUGUACACUCAGUCGGACUGUCCACAGCACAUACAAACCAUAUCACCUACAAAAGAUACAGAUACCGACACUGCCUCCCGUAGCUACAGCAAUCUAGACUCCGUCUACAAUAGAUAAAGCUAUUUACGCUGAUUGUGAUAUAUACAGCCAUUAAAACAAUCUAAAACAUUCAGUUAUCACAAUGAAUACAGCCAUCUACUCCUUGUACAUCAGAUACUGCUAUCUACACUACACACAGUUAUG